AUGAUGAGCCAGAUUACCAUCAUUGUGCCUUUUGUGGAGGCAGUUGAGAAAAUUCCAGGGUAUGCCAAAUUCAUGAAAGACUUGGUCACCAAGAAGAAAUGUAUCAACUUUGAGACAGUCAAAGUAACACAUCAAUGUAGUGCAAUCAUUUCACGGACUGGAGUGAAAAAGAUGGAAGACCCGGGAGCAUUCACUAUUCGGUGCACUAUUGGUGUGACAAGUUUCGCUAAGGCAUUGUGUGACUUGGGGGCAAGUAUUAAUCUAAUGCCUUAUGAUGUAUUCAAGAAAUUGGGUUUGGGUUAUCCAAGGCCUACCACUAUGAAGCUACUUAUGGCGGAUCACACUCUGAAAAAGCUGUUGGCAAUUAUUGAUGAUAUUCUUGUUAAGGUGGAUCGCUUAUACUUUCUAGCAGACUUUGUGAUAUUGGAUUGCGAAGUUGAUAGAGAGGUUCCCAUCAUACUUGGGAGACCAUUCUUAGCUACAGGACGGGCUAUCUGUGACGUAGAAGCGGGAGAACUGAAAUUUCAUUUGAAUGAUGAAGAGGUCAUUUUCCAAAUCCAGAAAUCAAUGAAACAACCACAUGAUUAUGGGGUGAUUUCCGUUGUAGACAUAGUAGAUGAAAUGGUGGAAGAUGACAGGGAAGAGUUCUUUCAUGAUGAAUCCUUGAAGGCUGUCCUCCUAAAUUCGAAAAAUGAGGCCAUGGAAGGUUACAUUGAAGCUGUGAUGGCUUUGGAGGGAUUUGGUUCCCAUUCUUACAAGCCCGAGAAAUUGUCUCUUGACAUGGAAAAUCGGGUCAGUCCUCCUACUAAGCCAUUCAACAUUGAGCCACCAAAGCUAGAGUUGAAGACUUUGCCUUCACAUUUAAGGGUAUCCAAGCAGGGCAUCGAAGUGGACAGAGCAAAGAUAGAAGUCAUUACCAAAUUUCCUCCACUAAAUACUGUGAAAGGUGUGACAAGGUUUCUUGGGCAUGCGGGAUUUUACCGGAGAUUCAUUAAAGACUUCUCCAAAUUGGUAAAUACUUUAUGCAAGCUGUUGGAGAAAGAUGCCAUGUUCAAUUUUGACGAGGCGUGUAUGAUUGCCUUUGAAGAACUAAAGUGA